CGGAGCAUCAUCGUAGCACCUGCCGCGGGCGAGGAUUUGAUCAUAUUCCCGCUCGGUUUAGGAAGGAGCGCCGGCGAUCGAGCGAAGCGGUGCCCGAACGGCCGAUCUGUUCCGCGGGCUAUUUGUUUUGGCGGGCCGAGUGUGGCCAUUGUUGAGGCGAAGUAUUUAGCUUUGUGCUAGGGUCGUCUUUGUCGACUUGUGCGUGUGCGUGGGCAAGGAAGCAAGCGAGCGACAAUGUUGUCUUUCCUGUUCACGUCGGAGUCCGUUAAUGAGGGUCAUCCUGACAAACUAUGCGAUCAGGUGUCGGAUGCGAUCCUGGAUGCGUGUCUUGAACAAGAUCCCGACAGCAAGGUGGCCUGCGAGACAUGCACGAAGACAGGCAUGGUGAUGGUCUUCGGCGAGAUCACGACGAAGGCCAAGGUGGAUUACGAGAAGAUCGUGAGGGAGACAUGUCGAGGGAUCGGCUUCACGUCGGAGGAUGUUGGUUUGAACUGCGAUACGUGCAAGGUGCUUGUCAAUAUCGAGGAGCAGAGUCCGGAUAUUGGCCAAGGCGUGCACGGGAUGGGAACGAAGAGGCCAGAGGAGAUCGGCGCGGGAGAUCAGGGGAUCAUGUUUGGGUACGCGACUGACGAGACCCCCGAGAUGAUGCCGUUGACCCACGUGUUGGCCACGAAAAUUGGCGCGAAAUUGACUGAAGUGAGAAAGAGCGGGAAAGUCAAGUGGCUGCGUCCUGAUGGAAAGACGCAGGUAACCGUCGAGUACACCAAGGACAAGAAUGGCGCCCUGGAACCAGUGCGCGUUCACACCAUCUUGAUCUCGACGCAACACGACGAGUCUGUCUCCAACGACCAGAUCGCCGCCGAUCUGCGUGAGCACGUCAUCAUGCCCGUCGUUCCCGCCAAGUACCUCGACGCCGACACUAUCUUCCACCUUAAUCCGUCUGGCAGGUUUGUAAUUGGUGGUCCCCACGGAGAUGCGGGACUCACCGGAAGAAAAAUCAUUAUUGAUACCUACGGUGGAUGGGGUGCGCACGGUGGAGGGGCCUUCAGCGGCAAAGAUCCGACCAAGGUUGACCGAAGCGGAGCGUACAUUGUGCGUCAAGCUGCGAAGAGCGUUGUGGCGGCGGGGCUUGCUCGUCGUUGCCUUGUGCAGGUGUCUUACGCCAUCGGUGUUGCCGAACCUCUCUCUGUUUUCGUUGAUACUUACGGGACCGGUAAGAUUGCAGAUGGGGAAAUUCUUGAAAUCAUCAAGGAGAACUUCGAUUUCAGACCUGGAAUGAUCAUUCAGGCUCUCGAUCUCAAACGUGGAGGGAAUAUGCGCUUCCAGAAGACGGCGGCGUACGGACAUUUUGGUCGCGAUGACAAAGACUUCACGUGGGAGACGGUCAAACCGCUCAAGAAGAACGGUCAACUCGUCAAUGAGGAGAUGAUCGAGAAUUGCUUAGCUGCGUGAGGAUGGCCUGCUUUCAUCGAUUUUCCAAUUCUUUCCUUGGAUUCGUUUAUUGGUGGGUUUUGAUUGAUUGUGCGCGUAUGUUGGUUUCUUUCUUUGAUUGAUUGUUUCAUUCACUGCGCAUAGGUUGGUAGUUUGAUCGAUCGUCCGUUUGAUUUCGUUGAUCUAUCUAUCUGUUCUUGGCUGAAGAAACACCGUCUCGGUGGAUUUGUUGGCGGAAAUAUCUUUUUGUAGAAAAUGUAAUAAUGUGUUUCCACAUUAUUUGAAAGGGAGUGAUGGUGAUUCGUAAGCGUUUGUCAUCCAAUCAUUUGUCCAUGUUUUGUUUUGAGGUCAUCUGAAGGAAGUUAUUGGGUUACUCGUACCUCUUUUAUCCCGACAUUGUUUUGUCUGUUGUGUUAUCUCGACCUUCGUCGGCAUUUCAGCUCGGUGUCCUGUCGUCGGUCCAAGCUCUAUGUGGGUAUAAGUAUGAUUGGAGUUGUGUGUUUCUCGCUACUUAAAAAAUACGUCGGCAUUUGAUUGUCUGUGUAGCUAGGUGCUCUUUUCGUA